UUGCAUUUGAUUUUUACCAAUUUUCGGCCUCUCUGACUCCGACUCCGCCCGCGCUAAUUAAAUAGAAAAAGCAUACCAAAUGCCGUACAUUAUCAUACGCGGCAAUCUAGCCUCCUACAGUCACAAAUAUCCAUGGCGUGUGCUUGUGUCUGGAUUGAAAGCUGACGACAUCGAGCAGUUGAACAAAUUCUCGUGCGGCGGCUACAGUGAUGAGUCCACCAUCGUCUACUUAGUACAUCCUUGUCGCAUUUUAUCGGCGCUAGAAAUAUUGGGAUUUCGCGUUGUGGCCAGCUCGUCGACAGCCGUGAAGCAGGACUACAACGAAUACAUGUGGACAAUGCGCAAGGAGUUUGACGAACCAGAACCCUUGGAGGCCGAGUCGGUGGUGCGCGAGAAUCUGUCAAAUAUUGGCCGGGAGGCAGCCAGCUUAGGAAACUAUCACAAGGUGGAUUCGCCCGAAUAAGCACAAGCAUUUCC